AAUCCGAACCAAAUUGCAAAAUUCUGAAUUCCUCGUCAUGGUCAUGGAGACUGGACGCAGUUACAUUUUUUGUGGACGAAACAAGCUCCCAUUCUGAUUAACAUUAUUAACGUUGACUGGCAAUCGAAUACAAACGGCUCGAUAGAAAAUGGCUCACAUGUUAGGUGGCAAGUACUGCUUGGAGAGUCUUGGUAGAGAUGUAGGUGAUUUGCAGUCUGCUGUGGCAGAUGCCCUCUCCAGGGUUGGUCCUGUGAGGUAUCCCUCUUGGAAGUUCCCAGACAAGGUAUCUUCAGAUAUUGAGAUAGAUGAACUCUUGGAGGAUUAUAAGUUCAGUGAAGAUGAAGAAGAUAAUCAAGUGGCACAUGUUAUGCUCUUUGAGCUUGUUAUUGACAGGAUGGUCCUGCUUCUGCAGAGCUUUACACGGUUUGUAGAGCAGCUGAUUCAGGGAUCAGUUGGAAGACCACCAACUGCCACACCCAUGGGUACACAGAUGUCUAUAGGACUAGUGGUUAAGAAGUUCUGGAAUAAGAUCGUUCAGUUGAACAGCAUCACACAGAAACUGAGUGCAGAGAGUAAAUCUAAAGGAAGGACAAUAAGUAAACUAGAGGUCAUUAAUGUUGAACUGCAAGAGCAAUUACGAAAGACAAUGCAAUCCACAAGCAUGUCAAGUCACCUCUUAGACAGUCAUGUAGCAUUUGCUCAAGAUGGGGACAGUGAUGAUCAGGGGUUAAGGACUUCUGUAGUACCUACUCCAUCAAAAUCACAGAUGGCAUUAGUUACGCCACAGCCUAUUCAUCAACAAGUCAUAGCAAUAGACACUAGGACAACAUCUUCACAGACACUAGAGACUGCCUUUGUACCUUGUGAAUCAUGUGAGCGGGUUCAGUUAUGUUUGAAAGAUGUGGGAGAAACCAUCACAGAGGUGUGCCACUCGCAAAAACUUCUAUCAUCAAUCGCUCGACAUCGGAAGCAGCUUCCAGGGGAUGUGAUGUCAGCAAUGGAUGUUAGCCGAUGGGCCACCGAACAGAACAAGGAUCUGGAGAGAAUCAAAGAUCACUUGAGUGACUUGAUGGCACAGAUAGAACCCCUUGAAACAAAGCUUGCUGCUUCACAGGAGGCUUGUGAGAGACUGACCGAAAAUGUUAGUCAGAAGGACAAAGAUCUUAGGAGUGCCAAGGUGUCCCAUGGGACAGAAAUCAAACAGUAUGAGGCUAAGGUCAAGGAGAUAGAGCGCCAGCAUGCAGAAUCUAUCAUGGUGGUGAAGAGAAGCUACGAAGAGGCACGAAACGGCAAGAAAAAAACUGAGGAAGAACUAACUAAACUCAAGAGAGAGCUUCAGAGGCAGUUUGAAGCUCUCAAAGAACUAGAGGGAGUUCGUGAGGAGCUGAACCAGACCCUAGAUGCUAACAUCAGCAACCAGGCAUCGGUCAAUAGACUAGAGAGUCAUGUGAACCAGCUAAGUCAGCAGCUGAAAGAGACCCAAGAACACCUGACAGAGUCUAGUAAACAACUGGGCAAAGAACAGGCCAAGAACCGUAGUAUUGAUAAACAUGGGCAGGCCCUUCAGAGUAAGCAUGAUGCUCUGGUUCAGCGGGUUGAGGAGUUAGAUCAGGAAUGCCAGGAUCUUAGAGAGGGUCUAGCUGAUGCCGAGGACGGCAAGGAGGAGGCACUGGAACAACUCAAAGUUACUCAGAGUGAGCUUCAAGGAUUGCAAGAUGAGCUCAAAACCCAACAGGACUUGGUGGCAACCAUCAUGGAAGAAAAGAAGUUCAUGGAAUCAUCAGUUGGUGAUCUUCAGACCAUGAUCCUAGCUCUAGAAGAACAGCUGAAAGACAGUGAAGAGAGAGAGAAGAUGCUUGUUCUUUACCCAGACAACAACCCUGGAGUAGUGCCUGCACCACAGAGAGCUGAUGGUGACAGUGCCAGUGGCAUGGGCCAGCAAGUACAGACAAAUAACUUGAGGAUACAGAUCCUAGAGGAACAGAACUAUCUCUUACGGAAUAACAUUGAUAAGCUCUUAGCUGGACAUGGGCCACAGGGGCAGUCUGGACAGGUUAAUGGUCCAAAUAUUCCAUUAUGGCAAGCAGACACACUGAAGCAAGCCAAGCAGUCUGUUAGUGUCAACAACAACCAUGCUAAUGCUAGGUUAGGCAAGUCUCCAAGAUCACCACGAGGUCAUCUAGAACCAAUCCACAUUCCCAAUGGUCACCAUCCAUUGCAAGAGCAUCUUACCGAGGAGGAGGUCAUAGCCAAGUACACAAAACAAAGUAGUAAGAAUCGUCAGUACAGUCCUUCAUCGGAAGAAGCCACCAGCUAUCAGAUACCUCCAAGGCCGCCCUCUAGUAAAGGCAACAGGAACAAGAGCAAACCAAAAUCUGGAGGUAAGAGAACAUCUAGUCAGAGUGGUGUGAGUGUAGCCAAGCUGUCUGCUACCACCAAUCCUAGCCUUCAUGCGUAUCGAACACUCAAAGGCAGUGGGGCUAUUAAAACACAGUCUGUUGUCAAAAACACAGAUGGCCCUGACUUCUUUGUUGGAAAUCGAACACCAGUCAAAAGUCGUCAUGCUUUGCAGCAGUCUCAGAAGACUCCCGACCUCCCUGCAAGAUCUGAAGGUACCCAAUCAAGAAACAGCUACUAUGAGCCACAAGAUACAUUCAUCUGCCACCAGUGUGAUAAGAUGUAUGAUAAUAAACGGGACUUGGAUAUUCAUAAGUCGUACUGCUAUCCGUAGUAUUCAUUAUGGUUCCAAUGGUAGAUUUUGAAUUGGAUUGAAAUGUUGAUAUGGUCAUACAGCUUAUUAUUAGUUUACUAUAAGAGAAAAUUGUUUUUCUAAUUUCCAUCCUGAUUUAUAUUUACUGAUGUGUAUUAAUUUCCACUAUGAGGAGGAUAAGAGUGUUAGGACCUCAAUUUUAAACAUUUUUUGUAGUAAAUUCCAACCAAAUAAGUCAAUUUCUAGGUCCCAUAGUUCUCUUCACAUGCCAAAUAUAAUUGUUAGUGAUAAAAGCUUGUAUCUGAACAUGUCUGCCACAAUGGUUUAGAAGACGUACUGCUGAGAUAGGAGAUGUUGAUACCCCAGUUUCAUGAAGCUGUUCAUGAAUUAACAUCUUAUGUAUGAUAAUGAAUCAUGCCUUGGUCAAGCGUUUGUGAACUAAGGCACUAUAAUCUCUGCAAAUGAAUUAUCAACUUAAGCAGAUGGGAAUGUAGUAUCUUCAAAAGAUUUCACACUAAAAAACAAGGGAGCAUUCCAUCAAUAUUUGUCAUCUGACCAGUCAGAUCUGACAUUAUUCCUUGGUUAUGAUUGGCCGAAAGGCACACGUGUCUUACUGUUACGAUGGAAAUGUUGGAUAAAACAGACUUUGUUGAAUACAAUAUCUGAUAAUUCCUUUCAUGAAGUGCUCCCUGGUUCACCUAUCUUGUGUAUGGUCAGGUACGACAUAUGAUUAGCUUUACAACCCUAGUAUCGAUAUUUGUUUAUCACACAUUCAAACUUAUGUCAUUAAUUUUGAAUAAAAAAAUGGUUUUGUUUUUUUUUCCCCCAGAGAUUUUCAAAUUGUGAGUGUGAAAAUGAUUUACCCCAAUUAAGCUACAGAAUGGAAAUACUUUCAUGUUGGUGAGCAGAUGAUAAGUAUUACUAUUAUUUCUUUAAAAUAGUAUUAUCAAUGGAGAUAAUUGCAGUUCUUUGUACAGAUCACUGAGAAUUUGUACCAACCAAUAUUUAUGAGGAUUAAUAUGCAUAGAUUAUCAAUAUGAAAGUUGUUUAUUUAUCUCUCAAUGUUCUGUUUGAUACUGAUUACUAGGUUAAGAGUAAACAAUCACGAAGGCAAACCCAGAUUGUGGGUAUGACUGCUUUCCUUUCAUUUCUACUUCGGGACUGUGUGAGGGUUUGUGUGUACUUGUGCAAGUUGUGAAAGUAUUGCACUCGGUAUUCAGUUUAAGUUUAUAAGAUUGGUAGAACAGACUUCACUUGUGGAUGUGAUGGGCAAUUUGAAGUUCAACAAUUUUCAUUGAUUUUUCUAGUAUAUCCUUGAUUUAAAAAAAAUGUUUUUAUGUUGUCUAUGGCUUCUUGAAAAUUAAUAUGAAUUAAUGACCAUUUUCAUACGCUUUGCUUGCAAGAGAUUACAAAUAAGCAAAGCUCUUAUUUUGUUUACAAAGGGACAAUGAGUAUAGCUUCUAGAAUUAUGUUGACACUAGAUUUCCAUAAGUUGAUAGUAAACUGAAAUAAUUACUAAGAUUAAAUUAGACUACAGUACUUUGAUUCUAUUUCAGUGUAUUCUUUCAAUAAUUUCUUAAUAGUUACUGCAUGAUUGAAUUUAGUAUCAGUUAAUCAUUUAAGUAAGCUCAAUAUAAAAUUUACUUGAAUAGAGAUGAAUGACAAAUUAAUGCAUGAAUAUUUAAAAGUAUUUUGGUAAUUACUAUCACCUUGAAAUCACCUUGAAAAUAUAUUUGCCUUAUCUCUGCCCUUCACUAUAACUUAUUUUGGGACAUGUUGUAGAUAAUCUUCCUAUUUGGCAUAAUUCAUGAUUUAUAAUAAAGACUUAUGUGCGACCACAUGCUUGUGUGGGAAUUAUUUUUCCAGGUAGAGAUAUACUGAUAUGAACUACUCUGGUCAUGUUGAUCGAUACUGAUUUUAGAGAGUAAUGACAACUGGAUCUGUUAACAACUAUAAAUCACAUGGAUACCACUUUAAACUCCUUCAAUCAUACCCAACUAGGUGCCCUCAGAAAUACAGAUUAGUAUUUUCAAGUUGAAUCAGAAUUGUUUUUCUUUCUUUAUUCACUCUCACAAUGUUUACAAAGUCUCAAUCUCUCUGGCAUAGGCUGCACAGGUCAUGAAAGCUGGGGGGUAACUUUUUCUCUGUCAAACAUAAAGUGACCCUCCACUUUAUUUUGUUUGAGACAGAUCAGAAAAUUAAUUGAUAUAAUAAGAUUCUGACAAUUAGUCUAAAGGGAUAGUAGUGUACACUGACAAUAUGGUGUACAAUUACUGUAAGAUGUGAAUAAUUGUGGCAUGGUGCAGAGGUGCACCUAUUGAUAAGAUAUUGUUGGUAUUUCUUAGAGCGAUUUAAUAUGAUUAUUAAUAUAUGAAUAGAGUAUAUCUUCUGUCCAACUGUUGAAGCUAAGAGUUUUCAUAGCUCUAUUGGACAUUAUGUGUGAAUGGUAUAUUUUGUAAUUCUUGCAAUAAAAAUCUUGAUUUGAUUUUAGACAUGUAA